CUCAUCCCUCCACCAGCUUCAUCCCUCCAUCAGCUUCAUCCCUCCAUCAGCUUCAUCCCUCCAUCAUCAAGUAGUGAAGACAUGAUGACAUCCUCGUCCAUGCGGAAUUUCUCGAUCGGCAGACAGCCGUCCUUCUCCAACUUGUCUCUGAGAGACAGCGGCCGUGGCCGAACCAAAGCGGCCGUCUCGUUCUCCGCGGCCAAGCCCCUCUCCCGUGCUUCCUCCAUGAGCCUGGCCGACCUGAACAGCCUCUCCAACCUGUCGCUCAACGGCCUGGGCAACAGCACCAACGAGAAGGAAGCCAUGCAGAGCCUCAACAGCCGUCUGGCCAACUACCUGGAGAAAGUGCGCUCUCUGGAGAAGUCCAACGCCGACCUCGAGCUCCGCAUCAAGCAGCUCAUGCUGGAGAGGGUUCCCAAAGGCCAUGACAUAGACACCAUGUUGUCUCAGGCUCACGCUCUGGAGCACGAGGUCAGGAAAAGGACUCUGGAGAACGCUCGCAUCAUGCUGGAGAUUGACAACGCCAAGCUGGCUGCAGACGAUUUCAGAAUCAAAUGGGAAACUGAGAGUGCUAUGUGUCAGUCAGUGGAGAGGGAUUGUGUGGCUCUGAAAAGGGCCAAGACAGACCAUGAUCAGAUCAUCGCUACGCUACGAGGAGACCUGGACAGCCUGAAAGAGGAGCUCUACUUCCUCAAGAAAAACCAUGAGGAGGAGUUGGACAGCCUGCGGGCACGGGUAGCCCAGGAGGACGUCAAUGUGGAGGUGGAUGCCGCUCGUGGUCCCGAACUCGGAUCGGUGCUGUCCGAACUCCGAUCUCAGUACGAAGGCAUCGUUCGGAAGAACAAAGAAGAGGCGGAGGACUGGUACCGCAAAAAGCUGGAGGUGGUGCAGACAGAGGUGCGCGAGAGCAACGAGGCACUGCGAGGGGCUCAGAGCGAACUCACCGAGAGGCAGCGCUUCCUGCAGACCCUCGAGGUGGAACUGGAGAGCCUCCACAAACAGGUCGCCGCCCUGGAGGGGAACCUGGGCGAAACGGGUCAGAAGUAUGCUAUGGAGAUGGAGCGCCUGCAGGCCACGCUGACCCAGCUGGAGGAGGAUCUCUCUCAGCUUCGGCUCGACAUGCAGCGCAAUAAGACCGACUACGAGCAGCUCCUGCGCAUCAAACAGAACCUGGAGCUGGAGAUCGCCACCUACAGGCGCCUGCUGGAAGGAGAGGAAGCUGUUAAAGAAGUCCUUCCACCUCCUAAGAAAGAGCCUGAUGUUCGCACCAGGAAGAUCGUCAAGGUGGUCACUCAAACCAUGAUCAACGGGAAAGUGGUGGACGAAUCCAGCGAGGUCGAACAAAUCGAAGAGUCCAAGAAGUGAGAAUCGGGCUCCAAAAUAAAGCUCCCAUUGUUUGUAACACAUUAAC